AUGGCCGCCCCUAUUACAUCCCCCCUAUUUAUCACCGGCGCCAGCGGCUUCAUCGGCUCGCAGGUCGCUUUGGACGCGCUGCAGGCCGGCUACCGCCUGCGCCUCUCCGUGCGGCGGGAAUCGCAAAUCGGCGAGCUCCAGCAACGGUUCGCCGCGCACGCCAGCCAGCUCGAGUUUGUUGUCGUGGCCGACCUCAGCGACAGCGCCGCGCUGAGGGCGGCCCUCGCCGACGACGUCGAGUACGUGAUCCACCUUGCCUCACCCAUGCCCGGCAGCGGUGACGACUUCGAGACCGGCUACCUCCGCCCCGCCGUGCAGGGCACCGAGGCCGUGUUGAACGCUGCCGAGGCGGCGCCCACCGUCAAACGCCUCGUCGUCAUGUCGUCCCUGCUGGCGCUGCUGCCUGUAGGCGCCCUACGCGUGCCGGCGUACGAGAUAAAGGCCGGCUCCAACCUCUCCAUCCCCGUAGACAAGGACAUGGUCUUCCCCCCCGGCCCAGCUGGCCACGGACUCAAGUACUGCGCAUCCAAGGUUCUGGCACACCGGGCGACGCUAGAAUGGACAGCGGCGCACCAGCCGCGCUUUACGCUCGUGGCAGUGCACCCGACGUUCGUCGGCGGCCGCGACAUGGCGCAGACGGACGCGGCAGCGCCGCGCGGCGUGACGGCGUUCCUGCUCAACUCUCUGGCGACUUCGCCGCCCGGCGGGCCCGCCGUGCCUGCGUCCCUGGUCGACGUGCGCGACGUCAGCCUGGGCGUGCUGCGCAGCCUGGACCUGGAGGUGGAUGGUUCCUCUGGCGCCGUCACCGAGGUCCUCAUGCCCGGCGAGCCGACGACCUGGGACGCCAUCACGGCUUUCGUCAGGACCAAGUAUCCCCAGAUCGAGGUCAAGCUGCAAGGCCCGUUCGACGCCCCGUUCACGGCCGACGGCGGGCGUAUCCAGCAAGAGCUCGGGAUCAAGAAGUGGCAGCCUAUGGAGGAGAUUGUGUCGAGCAUCCUGGACCAGCAGCUCGAGCUGCGGACAGCUGCUGCUGCUGCGGCGGCGGCGGCGGGUGGUGUUCAUUAG